AGUACAAAACUGAUUUCAUCAUCGACGUUCAUCGCAAUACUGAGUGUACAUUGCAGUCUCGAAAUGAUAAUCAUUUUAUCUCUGCGAUAAGCAAUAUCGUUGCAUUGGAUGCGGCAUUGAAGACUCUAGCUUUCAUUAUUCACCGUGAACACAAAUCAGCCACGCCGUGUCUUUUGUAGAGCUACAAUUCAUGUAAAAGUUGUUUAUCGACAUUUGAUGUAGCUCUCGGCAGUUGCAUUGUUCAUCUCGUUUACAAAGCACCAUCGUCAUCAUAUUCGGCAUCUCUUUGGCAAGACCGGAGAGAAGGUUGGCAAAAUCAUGACACCCCAUCCGAACAACAACUCCCUCUACGAUGCCUGUACUACCGGCUGUGGACAGCUUGUCUCAUGGAAAGAUGACCCUUCCCCGGCUGUCUUCGAGGCGAAUCCCAUAGACACCAUCCAUACGGUUCACCAGGACGAGGCAGCAACGACAGGUGGCUGCAAGACGGGCGCCCUCAAGAUGAUCAGUUUCUUCAAGGAACUGUGGACAAACCCAAGAUACUUGCGAUGGGUAAUGACCAUUGCCACUUCCAUGGUCUUUACAAUAGUCCUGGGUUUCUUCAACGCUUUUGGUCCGCUUUACAUGUGCCUUAGAAGAGACCUGAAAUCUACGGCUAUUGAAACUGGUUGGGUAGCCUCCCUUGGCUGGUCCAUCGGAAUCACAUCACCGUUCGUCAACUCGCUCUACCAACGAUACGGUCCUCGGAAGAUCGCCAUCCUUGCUGCCAUUUUCUGCUCCACGGGAAUCCUCUCGUCCUCCUUCGCGACGUCCAUAUGGCCCCUCUUCGUCACCUUUGGUCUUGUGUUUGGGUUUGGAGUCAACCUGGUGAUCACCGGUUCGAUGAGUCUCAUCGCCUCGCACUUCGACAGUAAUGACUGCGCCCUUCCGACCACUCUCCCGGGAAUUGGCUCUUCUCUAGGUGCGCUGAUUUGCUGCCCCGUACUGGAGAUUGCCUAUGAGCACUUUGGCUGGAGAAAUACCCUUCGGUGUGUAGCCGCCUUGAUGUUCGUCAUUUGCCUUUCAUGUGCUGUCGUGUACAAACGACCUGCCUCCACUAAAGGGACAACCAAUGCAUCAGAAACUGCCACUGAGGACGCCUCCUUGAAGGCACUACUUACUCUAUCUAACAUUCCUUCGACCAGUGCUGCUAUAAUGUCCUCAGCUGGUUCCCAGAAGAGGAAGAGCUUGCUGAUCAAGCUGUUCAGGGGUGAAGAUGAACUGAAAAGAGAGCGAAGACUGAAGAGUAGACAGAACUACAUCAAGCUCGUCAAAGACCCAAUUCACUGGAUGUUCUGUGUGGCUAACAUGAUGUCCAAUGUCUGCAUGGUAUUCAACGUGAUAAACCUGGUCGAAAUGAUGGAUUCGGAAGGUUACAGCCCCCAAAGGUCAGCCACCUUCAUGUCUAUAUUAAGUUUCGUCGAGAUGGGCUUUCGGCUUCUUACGGGUAUCUUCGGAGAUCGGCUCCCGUGCGCUCGGACUCUUCUCUUUCCGGUUGUGUGUAUCGUGUGCGCAUGCGCCACUUUUUCGCUGACACUCAGCUCCAGUGCUGCGGUCAUCAUUACCUAUGUCUGUGUGGCCGGAAUGGGGCGUGCUGUCAGCUAUUCUAUUGUCUUCUCUGCAUCUAUCGAGACUUUUGGCCACUCUGUUCAUCAGGAAUCAUUCUCUAUGAUCCUGGUCUCUUACGGUAUCGCCUGCCUCCUUGCCGCCGUCAUACCAGGACUGAGCUUCGAUCUGACCGGCUCGUACACACCGGCCAACUACUGCGGUGCUGUCUUGUGGCUGAUCGCUGCUUCGCUCUACUUGGCUGUCUACUUCUUCAGCAACCGCAGGAAUCGCCAGCGUGCGCUCCGCUACUCAUCAAUUCUUCAAUGUUCUAGCGACAAUAAUGAGCCUAUGGUGAAGGUCGAUACGUGCGCGCCGAUCACCGUUGCGCACACUUUGAACGAGAAGGGCAUCGAUUUGGAGGGUGCGCUCGCCGAUUUUGAAGUUGACGCCAGAGACGCGAUGACGGUUAUGGCGCAGGAGUAUAUGGUUGUAGUGGACAGAGUUUCUACUGUGUGAAAAGUUUACUUUUUCGUUUUGAAUUAUAUUUGCAAUGUUAACUGUGGCAAGGUUGGUGUGCCAUAGCAUACACAUCUGAGUAGGCACACCUUUAUGAUGGCGCGCAAUCUCUAUCCGACUCGAGAUUUUUGUCUAUAGGCAUUGGCCAAUGACUUCAUGACAUUGUUUUAAGCUGUAAAGUUAUCUGAAAGACGUAUAAAUGGAGAAACAUGUAUGGUUGGUAAUAAAUAUGUGAAAUUUAUGGGAAUACACGUAUUUUCCUAUGGGAACAAUGAGAUCGCAGCGCCAUUUAAGUGUAUCAGCGGAUGCUUUUUAAUGCGUAACUAUGACGAAAGAAACAACAUCGAAUUUCUGACUAAUGGAACAGAAAGGAGAUGGGUACAUAACAACGAAAUAUUGAAUGGGCCGAGUUAUUCAUUAUAAAGUGUGUAGACAAAUCAAAAGAAUGACAAUUGGUGCUUUUCAAAUUGGAAGAGGUACUUUGAAACAUUAUUUAUGUAUCUCGCGCGAGUGUAGUUUUAGAAGUGUAAAAAGUAUAUGAAUAGUGAAAUAACAUGGAAUAUGUGAAUUGAAAACAUAUAUAUCGAAUAGGUGUUGCGAUAUAGUUGAUAUUCAUGUUGACAUAAAAUAUUAUUACGGUGCAACAUGCAGUGCGAACUUGGGGUUAUUUAAAAGAUUUUGAAGGGUAUUUUCAGCGAAUCCUAGUCCCUGACAUACGGCUAGAAAUAUAUCAAUAUUCCUAAGAUACAGGGCUCAUUAGUGCUAUUUUUGCCAAUAUUUUUCAAGUGCCUUUUGUGAAGGCAAAACAUAAUGCGUAAGACUAUUCAUUACGGGAUUUGUUUUCCUAUCAAUGUUGUGACUGCAUUAUUUUCAAUGCCUGCCUCAUGGAUCAGAGGUGCUCUCUUAAAAACUUUUUUUUUAUUAUUGUGGAGGGUGAAAGGUUGUGAUGUAUCAUUUCUAAUGUGUAUUCUAAAAAUGGAAAGGUCUCUUAGUCACCGUUAUGGUGAACGCAUGUACGAUGUUUUUGUAACAGUACAUUUAAUUUUGUGUAAUACUCAAAGGAAUAAGCCCCUAUUUACGACAGUCUGUGACACAGUGAUACUGGCGUCACUUAGAUAUUUGUGGUGAAAUGCUACAUUAAUGAAAUUUAAAAUGCGUUUCAUUUGAAAUUCGUCGAUUUAUAACUAUGGGUACUUGUAUUUUACACGUGUCAAGAAUCGAAUGUGGAUCAAAAUAAUCCAUAGUUUUGCAAUUUUCAUUGUCUUUGAGACAAUUUUUGAAGUAGAAUUAAUAUACAAGUAUAUGGUAUAUUAUGUUGCAAUUUUAUGCAUGAGGUAAGAUAUACUCAUGCAAUGCUUACAUGUUAUGCAAUUUAAUUUCUUAUUCAAUGUUUUGGCCUUUUCUUGAAAAAAGGUUCUCGACUGGCAUUUUUUGUAAAUCGUUCAUAUUCGUUGUCCAACCUCAAACAAAUCAUUACUUUUUGUUUGAAGUGUUUUAAUAAGCCAGUUCACGGUUAGCUCAUGAUCAACUUUUCUCAAAUGACCUUUGUGAUUUUUCAUUAGGAUAAGCACUAUCAUUUUCAAAUGUAGAUGUUGCGUAAGCUUUACCGGUAGAGUAUUGAAAUUCUAAGAACAAAAGGCAUUGUAUAGACCAGGUGACUAGAAUAGUACAUCAGGGAUAAAGUUUGGAAAUCUGUUUUAUUGUCUGCCUUGGGCACAUUUGACUAUUGUUUAGGCUACUGUCAAAUUCCAGUGAUUAUUAAGGCUCUAUUUAUUACUCUUCAGCUUGGAUGUUAUAAAAUAAACAUUUUGAAAGGAAUACAUGAAUAAUCAUCAAAUCACAAAUGCCUAUGUCAGUGAAUUUGAAAGCCACCUUCAUGUUUUAUCUCAAAUGACCCUUUUCUGGUCGUGCGCAGUUUACAACCGUGAACAGGCUUAUUAAGAUAUAACUGGUUCAUAUUCAAGUGACAAUCGCAUACUUUAACACAGAAAUUUAAUAAUUCCAGUACUUUUAUUAGGAAUACAGUGCAUUAGAAACUCAUUUCACCAUAGCUGACAAUCUAAAACAACUUAUAUCAUACUUCGCUGACUUGCAAUAUUUAGAAAUAUUACUGAAUGCUACGGAAAACGAUAAAGAUUAGAUUAAUCAUAGUCACUAAUUCAUUGGAAUUGUAACGCUUUUUCUUCAAAAUUUAGGACUCGAUGAUCAAGUCAGAUAAAACUGGCAUUAGUUUAUCUUUAUAUAAAUAUAUUCAGAUAGACAAUCGAUUCAACUUCACUGCAAUAGAGUGGUGUUUAAUAACGUGGGUGUUUCAGUAGGUUAUUGCCGGUCAUAGUGUGUUACUAGUACGGUGUUGAUUUAACACUGACACUACACUACUUCGGCGGUGAAUCCUAGCCAUGGCGUAAUUUCCUUGAGCAAGAAGUUGAUUCACGAUGAGCUGCACUCAACCCAGGACUGGGAGUAAAUUGGUACCAGGAAGGAAUUUAUUCCUUGAAACGCAGUGCGCGUUACAGCUGCUCUGCUCAAGCAAGUGUAAUUAUUCUGCAUUACUGUAGGAGCUUAGAGACUUCUGAUAAAGUAAGUGUUGAGCGCUAUAUUAGCUAGUGUAAUUGUUAUUAUUUACUUAUCUUUACUUUUGCAGCUUCUCAGAUAGACAAUCAAUUAACUGUAAUGCAAAAGAACGUUGUUCAUUAACACUGAUGGAGUGUUGUUACACUAGACUAUCGCUAGUGAUAUUUUUACACUACGCUGAUUUCAAUAACACUAACAUGAAAACCCACUCCCGCGGUGUUGAUGCUGUUUUUACAACUUUGAAGUGUAAGUGGGAGGCCAUUCUCUGGUGCUACUGUGGUGUAAAUAUGAUUCAUAAAACAACUUAUUUAUGCAGCUAAUCACAUUUCGCAAUUUCCUUUUGUAAAGAAAUAGAACUGACCUCAUUAUUGCUUUGCGCUCGAUGGUAUAAUUACCAUGAAUCCGACGUGGCAUUUUAUUUAGACUGUUGUAAUAUAUAUAUUUCACCAUUUUUGCAGCUAAAUUUCUUUCAUGGUGUGUUAUGAAAUAUGUCAAAGAAAUUGCUUUCAUUUUGUCUUAUAAAUACCAUCAAAUGUUGCCUCAUGGUUAUAAAGCUGUAUAGUUGCAUUAAGCUUAACGGUCUUGUAGAUAUUUUUAUAUUUGUAUAUGUAAGUUAAUUAGCAAAGUUCCUUCAUUUACUUGUUCCUUGUUAUUACAAUACACUUCCUAAUAAAUCAGAAGUCAUCAUGUGAUGAAUAUAAUGCUGAAGGGAAAAUUCAUGCUAAUAUGAUAUUGAUAGUGUUGUUGUUUAUACAAUCACAAAAUCGCGUAGUUUUAUUCAAUCUACAUAUAUCUCAUCCACAUGCAGUAAUGUAUUUUACGCAAGUGGAUAGCAUCUGUCAUGGUUUUGUAUUUUGAAGUAUUUAGUGAAACAAAAUUACAUUAUAUGGCUUUGCGUCAGGGUAAACUGAUAUAUCGCUGAAGUGUUAAAACGUAGAGGGAGACAGAGAUGGUGAGAGGAGGGAGAGAAAGGUAGUGUGUUAGUGAGUGAGUGAGAGGGAGAGAGAGAAAGAGUUUGCAAGAAGCAAUGCAUUUUUUAAGUUCACUGCGUCAUUUAUUCUUUUGACUGAUGUCGCACUCAUCUUCGUAGAUGGACAUGCAUUCCGCCAACGUAUAUGUAGUGUGCCUUGUCAUAUAAGUUAUGUUCAAGAAGUAUAUAUAUGUUCGGUUUCGUAGAAUCAUUGCCUGGUUGUAUGAAUUCACACAUAAGAUAGAAGUUAUUUUGUCCUAUCACACAAACGUAAUUGCUUUGGUACAUAUUUCGUGAUAUAAGAGUGUGUAUAUAUUCAUAAACAAUAAAAAGGAUAUUCUCACAAAUCUCA